CCGAGCGGAUAACAAAAGUUUUCUUCCGUAAAAACUUUGCGAAAUUUUUUUGGCUAACACAAUUUUUUUCUUUUACUAAGAAAAAUAUAAAAAAAAGUUAAAAACAGUGAAGAAUAAAUUCGCAAUUUCAAAUUAAGUUCAAAAUUUAAUCAAAAUAUAUAUUCUGGUGCCAAAAUUUAAAUCCAUAUAUUCUUGAAAUUCUUUAUGAUAUAUUCAUAAGGAGGGAUGAAUCUGGAUCUAAAAAAGAAAAGAAUCGAUUCGUGAGGUUAAAAAGGUUUUAAGUUUUUUUCGGGCUUAAAAAAGAGUAUUAGAUUUCUUACCUAAAGUGCUUUUGUGUAAACAAUGAAAACACCAACAUUAUGAUUGAAAAAAAAAAUAGAAAUUCCAAAAUAAAUAAUUAAUUAAAAACAAUGGCGGCGAUAAGGAAAAAAAUCAAAAAAACUUUACCAAAAACCGUUAAAUCCAAACACAUCCUAAAGAUUAACACAUUUGAAAUUAAGUAAAUAAAAUCAGAAUAGCUUAGCCUUCUGACGUUGCUGAAACAUCUUUACUUUGCGGCCUGGAUAAUGUCUUCUUGUUUUUUUUAAACAAGUUGAGAUAAAAAACACACAUAAAUAUAAAUAUAUCACUUGUGCAAAUUUUAAUUAAUACUCCCCUUAGUUCCAGCUGCGGCUACGGCUACGGCAACAUAUUUAUGUGAGUUUCAUGUUUUGUGCUCGGUCAUUUGUGUUGUUACAAAUUUUCAAGGAUUUAUCCUUUUUUGAGUGAGAAAAGUCGAAAAAAGUUUUCAACUUGAGGUAUAUGUAUAUAAUUAACUACUGUUAUAUUGGGAAAGUAAAUGUUAAUUUUGUGAACAAAAAAUAAAAAGGUGAAGCUAAUAAUUUUUUUCUCUUGUUUUCCUUUGAAAAAUGCAACAGCAUCUGGAUACAAAUUUUGUUUCAAACGUUGUGAUGCAAAACAGAAAGUGCAGAAAAAUAAAUGCAAUAAAAGUAUCUUUUGAAAUUAUUGUGCGGUGUGCGCUUCAUUCGGAAAAUUUUGCGUUUUUCGUACAUUUUUGUUUAACAUUAAUACGAAGCUGUUUGGAAUAUAUAUAAAAGUUCUUGUUAAAAAUAUAUCUACGUACAUAGAGAUACAUAAUGUACAUUUGUGUUUAUAUGAUGAUGAGUGAGAAACACGGAAAGAGAUAAAGAGUUAAUUUUCCGCUCGAGUUUGUAUCUACAAUCAUGAAUAUUUUUAUUUUCAAGUACAUAUAAUAUGUUAACAAAAUUGGAAUAUUUUUCAUCAUCUUAUAGGUCUACAAAUUUCUUAAAAACAAAAAUAAAUACCUUUUGAUGUAUACAUAUGUAUAUUGUGGCAGUAGAGGAAUUUAAACCACCAUCAGUUAAUAAAAAAGUAUUGUUUAUAAUAAUAUAGUCUUAUAGUUUCAUGAAGUUUAAAGUAUAUUUCUUGAAGCUUACAUUAUGUGUUUCAUAAUGAAAAUGAUUAUAUAGUGUUCAACCAAUUAAACAACAAAUCAGUAUUAAGAUCUCGGUAUAAAAAAAAGUGUAUAGUUAAUAAAUGGUUGUGAAUGUUUCGGAUAUUUUGAACAAAUAAGACACAUUUGCAGUGGAAAAGAGAAAAGAUAUAGUAAAAAAAAUAAAAAUCAAAAAAGGCUAACGCAACUAAGUCAAUUCAUUACAUAAUUGUAAUUCGUGGAAUCAAAUCAAGUUUUUAAAUAAAAUAUUAUUUUAAUCAUACAUUAAUCCAUAUACAAUGUUACACUCGUCUAUGGAGUCGAGAAAACAAAACACAUUUGGAAAUAAUAAAAUUAAUACGAACACCAACAACCACCAGAUGAUAAAUAUAAACACCAAUCCUUCAGUUACCCUGACAGAAACUGAUAUCCGUGAUUCCUCAAGUAAUGGCAAUGCCAAACGAUCUCAACCAACCAUCUCCUCAGACCCUACAAGCAUCGCCGCGUAUAGAUUACCAAAGCCAUACGUUAGCAAUUCUCAACGAUCAAGGUUAGAAAAUCCUGUGCCCAGUAUGGAGAGUAACAGUAGUGGUGGAGGUGGUACUGGUACCACCGCAACAAUCGGGAAAAGUGGCAGCUUUCGCAACAAGGAACGAUCGAAUGUCAAAAGUUUUAGUUCCUCAAGUGCCAGAGAGAGCAGUGGAAAUGGAACUGCUCUUGUGAGUGCAAAUGAGCUGAAAAGUGCAAGUGAAGUAGGUACAAAUAUCGCGGGUUGUGUAGUGGAUGUGAAAACAUCCGCGGAGAAUCCUAUUAAUAAUAAGAGCAGUAGCUUAAGUACUAGUAAUAGAGUGAAACGCCAAGCGAGUGAAAGUGUAAGUGAAACUGGUGCAGCGGAUCGCGAUGGUAGCGUGAGUAAUAGGCGACGACGGAACGUGGCCCCUAUAACAACUCAACCUCAGCAAGGGCGUGGUCGUCGUGAGACCUCGACAACACCAACCAAACACCAACGACAUUCAGACAAUUUCUACAGCAGCCAAUCGACCAUGCAUUCUGUUGGUGCUGGCAAAUCAGCUUCUAGAGGAGCAUCUUCAGGGCGCCACCGCCGAAAACACGGCAACCAACGCCGAAGCAGUCUGGUGUCUUCCACUGAUGGCUCGUCGUCUUCUUCAUCGUGCAGUGGAUCGUGCAGUAGUGAAGAUGGCGAUUCUAACUCCACAUCGUCCGGUGAGCCAAACCUGCCAUACCCCGGAUUUCCGGCAAUAGCAUUAAAAUACUUGACUCAAGAUACAAGGCCAAGAAAUUGGUGCUUAAGGCUGAUAACAAAUCCAUGGUUCGAGAGAAUAUCAAUAUUGGUCAUCAUACUAAACUGUGUUACACUGGGAAUGUACCAGCCGUGCGUGGAUGAUGCUUGUGUCACAAAUAGAUGUAAAAUAUUGCAGAUGUUCGAUGAUAUAAUUUUUGCAUUUUUCGCGUUGGAGAUGAGCAUCAAAAUGGUCGCCAUGGGAAUGUAUGGCAAGAACACCUAUCUGGCAGACUCGUGGAAUCGGCUGGACUUUUUCAUUGUCCUUGCCGGGCUGUUGGAAUAUGUGAUGCAUGUCGAGAAUUUAAAUUUAACAGCGAUACGGACGAUACGGGUUUUGCGGCCACUACGGGCUAUCAAUCGAAUUCCAAGUAUGAGAAUUCUUGUCAUGCUUCUCCUGGAUACUUUGCCGAUGCUUGGCAAUGUUCUAUUGCUGUGCUUUUUUGUGUUUUUCAUAUUCGGAAUUAUUGGCGUUCAAAUGUGGGAAGGAAUCCUUAGACAACGAUGUGUUAAACUUAUACCCGAUAAUGUUAUAUGGCCAAAUAUUUCAUUUUACUAUGAAUUUUCCAAGGAACAAGAUUACAUUUGUUCGAUACCGGAAGAUUCUGGAAUGCAUCUAUGUGCAGAUUUUCCAGCUUAUCGUAUUGGAGCUCUUCUAUGCAAUGCAACUGCUCUUCCAUAUUCCUACAAUCAUCCAACAAACGUAUCAUGUGUAAAUUGGAACCAGUACUACACUAAUUGCUCAGCUGUUGGUCCGAAUCCAUUCCAAGGAACAAUUUCAUUCGAUAACAUUGGAAUGGCUUGGGUUGCAAUAUUUCUGGUUAUUUCCUUAGAAGGAUGGACGGAUAUAAUGUACUAUGUUCAGGAUGCGCACAGCUUUUGGGAUUGGAUUUAUUUUGUCCUAUUGAUUGUGAUCGGAUCGUUUUUUAUGAUAAACCUGUGCCUCGUUGUCAUUGCCACACAAUUCGCAGAAACGAAAAAGCGUGAAAUGGAACGAAUGCGUCAAGAACGCGCUCGCUAUACAUCUACAUCGACAUUAGCCUCAAGUACCAAUAAUUCAGAGCCUGCCACUUGCUAUGCCGAAAUAGUCAAAUACAUCGCCCACCUAUGGAGACGCUCCAAAAGACGACUACUAAAGAAGUACAGAUUAUAUAAACAUCAACGUCAACAAAAAAAAGAAGGACUUCUGCCAAAUGCCGACAAUCUAACAUUUUCGCCCAGUCGUAUCAAGUGUCAUCACCCGAAAUGCCCAAAAUAUAUCAAUCGGAAGCCGUCCAACAUCCAAGAUCAAAUGAUAACUGUAAUGGUGCCAUUAAACUCGAAUAAUAAUGUCAACACUACAAUUGUUGCGGCGGCAACAGCAGCAGCAACGUCAACUGCUGCCACAACAAAUAGUGGCAAUGGUGGCAAUACAAUGUCAACCGCACCACAAACUCAUACAAACAUAUUGCCAAUGCAUUCAACUACAGCUAACGUUAGUAGUAGUGGUGGUGGUGGUGGCGGUGUUAUUGCAAGCAGUGGUAGUGGUAUCAUAACUACAGGAAUGGGGCCUAUAACACUUAAUCAGAAUUUAUCUUACUCUUCGAUAAAUUCCAUUCUGCAUCAUCAUCACGCCAUAUCAAUAGGCAAUGUUGCAAACAAUAAUUCUGCCGCUGGGACUGCAAUCAACAACAGUUUAAUGCAGAAUGCACUUAACCACAAUCACCAUCAACAAAAUAACCCGGUUAUGUUGGCACACAAUGGGACGCAUAAUUCAUCAUCAGAGAACUCCGAACUAUCGGCUGAGGUUUCGACAUAUGGGCAACGAGCUUCGAAUCUAAAGAAAACCAAGCCGAAUCACCUGAAGGAUGACAACACAAGUUGCAGUAGCGGACAAAAAACUAUUUUGCUGAAGAUACCAACAGGACUCGACUCGGAGCAGCUAAUUAAUCAUCCAUGUACUUCCGGCUUCCUAAGUCCACCAUCAUCAGCUAGGCGACGUUCCUCUGUCAUGUUCAACGAGUUUGUAAUAUUGCACACUCCACCUUCGAUACCAGAACCAACUCAGGAUAAAAAUGUCUGUUCAUCGGAGAAAAUGACACAAACCGGCGAUGGUACUAUCUGGCAGGUUAAUCUUCCACAAACAAUUGCUAGUCAUGCUCUGGCCAAUCCUUAUAGUGAUUGUUCAGAACUGGGUCUGCAUGACGCGAUGACAUGUCAAGAGUUGCUGGCUUUCUCCGUUGCAUUUUCUGCAGCCCUUCCAACAGGGCAUAGCACACUAGAGUCGUUUUAUACUUCAUUAGCACGUUUCGAUCCACAAACAGCCGAAGCACUCAAAAACCAUCAGAAUCUCGAGAACUCUAAUACGAAUAAUAUAUUACGAGGGACUAAUGCCAACGCAGGCAAUGCCAGUGGUGGUAGUGGCGGCAAUGGUAACGGGGGUGGUGGCAAUUACAUCGAAGACUACUCUUGCUGCUACGAUUUAUACCAGAACGCCUUAUCUCCACUGGAGGAGAAAAACCAGCACAGAUCGAAAUUAAUAUCUGGAAUCAUAACGGUCUACCAUUUUAUCACUAGAAUAUUGCAUUUUGCACGUCGCCACAUCAAACGUUUGGUAGAGCAUAAAUAUUUCCAGCAAAGCAUCUUGCUGGCUAUACUCAUCAAUACGCUCAGCAUGGGAAUUGAAUACCACAAGCAACCGGAGGAACUGACCGCGAUUGUGGAAACCAGCAAUGUUGUCUUUUCGGCCAUAUUUGCGGUUGAGAUGUUAUUGAAAGUAGUUGCCGAGGGACCCUUUCGUUAUAUAGCCAAUGGAUUCAAUGUGUUCGAUGGUAUAAUAGUUAUAUUAAGUGCCAUUGAAAUUUGUCAGACCUUCAGCGGUAAUGGUGGUGGCGGUGGUUCCGGUCUAAGUGUACUUAGAACUUUUCGCCUGUUGCGUAUACUUAAGCUGGUGAGAUUUAUGCCAAAUCUUCGACGACAGCUUUUCGUGAUGCUGCGAACAAUGGACAACGUAGCGGUAUUCUUCUCAUUGCUGGUUUUGUUUAUCUUUAUAUUUAGCAUACUUGGCAUGUAUCUAUUUGGCGGUAAGUUUUGUAAAUUUAUGGACGAAUCUGGACAAGAAAGGGAAUGUACUUGUCCUGAAAUAAUCAACAAGCAUCCACUAUGUGAAUGUGAUCGCAAGCAUUUCAACAACAUUUUAUGGGCCACAGUUACAGUUUUUCAAAUCCUUACACAAGAGGAUUGGAACGUAGUUCUUUUUAAUGGUAUGGAAAAAACUAGCCAUUGGGCAGCAUUGUAUUUCGUGGCAUUGAUGACAUUUGGCAAUUAUGUUCUGUUUAAUUUGCUUGUUGCCAUUCUUGUUGAAGGAUUCAGUUCGGAGCGUAACGAACGCAGAGAACGGGAGCAAAGAGAGUUGGUGAAAAAGCUCCGUGAAGAAACAUUGGCUGAGAACUACAGUGAUAUUAUGUAUGAUGAAUCACGAAGUACCUCUGAUUCAUCGUCUACAAAUGAAAGCUAUUACGAGAUUCGAAAUAAAUGGCAUAGUGCUGAAGAUGUUAGAAAGCUAAAUGACGCGACUGAAAUAACAAUCGAUCCAAAGUGCAAUAUUCAAAAGCAGCGCUUGCUUCAGCCAUGUCUCGACUAUCAAGUCAACGAAUCUAAUUCUGCUGUUAAGAAAUCAUCAGAAAAAGAUAUAAGUAGGCUAAUGGAAGAUGAUAGAAAAAUAUUAAAAAAGACAUAUUCCAUAAAAGAACGUCGCAGUGAGAGUGCAAAGCUUACGAAACUUCGUCCAGUCAGAGACCCACCCAUUAUAAUGACAACAGCAGCAACGCCACAAGACUCACCCAACACGACUCUUGAGUCUGGGAGUACUUUUAAGAACUGGAAUCAACAAGAAUUCGAAGCCGCCACAGCAAGAUUAGAAAGUGUUUUAAAACAAAGUCAUAGUUCGCCUUCACUUCUUAAACCACCGACGCUUCUCAACGCUCAAUGUUCAUUAGACGAAGGUAUUCCUUCAAUUGAAUUCAUUCCACCCUCACCAGUUAAGCCACACAAAACACCUAUUAAUAUACUGAGUGUUAGUAACUUAGGAAGCAAUACUAGUAUUAAUCAAUUUGGAAGUAAUCGAAAUCUAACAGAUGACAUAACAAAGAAUUCAACUACUCCAUCAACUAUUGGUGACGAUGGUCAACUUCAAAUAAAAUCCACACAAAAUUCAACUAGCAGUGGAAACACUUUCAACACUCAAAAUCAAAAAACACCGGGCUUAAAUCGUUUUAGACGUUCGAGUUCAAAAAAGAAAAAAAACCCAACUGAUGGUUCGCCGGAAAUUGACGAAGAAAAUAUUAUUCUCAAUAACGGCAGGGAUUCCUCCCAGCUGCUUUCAAAAAGUAACCAACGAAUCGAUCCGUUUCUACGAUCAGCAAAUCGUAUUCAAAACAACACUAAAGACACCAACAAUAAAAACAGUCCCCAAAACUCGAUGCGCCGACUGUCGGUUGCAAGCAGCACGGGUGGCAUUGAAAGCGGCAGUGGCGGAGGCAGGCGUGCUUCCUGUGUCUACAAUAACUCUCAGUUCUACCAAAACAUCAACCGUCAUAACUCGAUGAAAAACUAUUCCGGAAGGCGAAUGUCAUCUAUUGAAAUUGCAUUUGGAAAGGCAUCGAAUUUAAAUCUAUAUAACUUGGAAGCCAAUCGGAAAUCGAUGUCGUAUACGAACUCAAAAAUUGAUUUGGAUAAAUGGCAAAAAUCCUUAUCGAAUCUCAAUGAGCCUGAAAUGCUGCAACAAGCCAAAGAUGAAAAGGCAGCCAAAAAGAAGGAAGCAUACUUACAAAACCAGCAGCAAUCGCAUUCCAUUUUAACAAACUCGGAGCGAGUUUCGAAAAUAAAAAUUCUCAUAGAACGCCUUAAACCUACAAAUUUCACCGAAGAACGUGACUCCUAUUCCAUGUACAUUUUUCCCGAGGACAAUAGGUUUCGGCAGAUAUGUUCAUGGUUUGUUAAUCAAAAAUGGUUUGACAACGUUGUUUUGCUGUUUAUUGCCCUAAACUGUAUAACUCUGGCAAUGGAAAGGCCUAACAUACCACCUAAUAGUCCAGAGCGAUUAUUCCUAGGCACAGCCAAUUACGUGUUCACAGUAGUAUUUACGGUGGAAAUGUUCGUUAAGGUGGUUGCCACUGGAAUGUUCUAUGGGCCGGAUGCCUACUUCACAUCUGGAUGGAACAUCAUGGAUGGAUCUCUUGUAACAAUAUCAAUAAUUGAUUUGCUAAUGUCAUUGAUAAGUGAAUCGAGUCCAAGGAUAUUUGGGAUUUUAAGGGUGUUUCGACUACUUCGGUCCCUUCGGCCCUUGCGUGUUAUUAAUCGGGCCCCGGGCUUGAAAUUAGUCGUGCAAACGCUCUUAUCGUCCCUCCGUCCUAUUGGAAACAUCGUCCUUAUCUGUUGCACAUUCUUUAUUAUAUUUGGGAUCCUUGGUGUCCAGCUUUUCAAAGGAACAUUCUACUACUGUGAGGGUGAGAAUAUUAAAAACGUACGCAACAUGACCGACUGUCUUAAAAUCGAAGGAAAUGCGUGGAUCAAUAGAAAAUACAAUUUCGAUGAUUUAGGCAAAGCUCUUAUGUCGUUAUUCGUCCUUUCAUCGCGUGAUGGAUGGGUAAAUAUCAUGUACACCGGUCUGGAUGCAGUCGGUGUUGAUCAGCAGCCAAUUGUAAAUUAUAACGAAUGGCGGCUGCUGUACUUCAUAGCGUUUAUUCUGCUCGUCGGAUUUUUUGUCCUAAACAUGUUCGUCGGAGUUGUAGUUGAGAAUUUUCAUCGCUGUCGCGAGGAACAGGAAAAGGAAGAAAAAAUCCGACGCGCUGCAAAGCGUGCACUGCAGAUGGAGAAAAAACGCCGACGCAUGCAUGAACCACCCUACUAUUCAAAAUACUCACCCACUCGGUUAUUUGUACAUAACGUGGUGACCUCAAAGUACUUUGACCUAGCAAUAGCCGCUGUAAUCGGCCUUAACGUUGUCACAAUGGCCAUGGAAUAUUACAAGAUGCCUGAAUUCCUGGGAUAUGUGUUGAAAAUUUUUAACUAUUUUUUUACCGCAGUAUUUAUAUUGGAGGCCGUCAUGAAAGUGGUAGCCCUUGGAGUGCGCCUGUACAUGAAAGACAAAUGGAAUCAACUGGAUGUGGGUAUUGUUAUACUUUCGAUAGUAGGAAUAGUCCUAGAAGAACUUGAGACUAAAAUUAUACCGAUUAAUCCAACAAUAAUUCGAGUGAUGCGCGUUCUGCGAAUAGCUCGCGUACUAAAGCUCCUUAAAAUGGCCAAAGGAAUUAGGGCCCUCCUCGAUACGGUGAUGCAGGCACUGCCACAAGUUGGCAACUUGGGGCUCCUCUUCUUUUUGCUGUUCUUCAUAUUUGCCGCAUUGGGCGUUGAACUCUUUGGCCGACUGGAAUGCUCUGAUGAGAUACCGUGUCAGGGCCUUGGAGAACAUGCUCAUUUCGCCAAUUUCGGUAUGGCUUUCCUUACAUUGUUUCGCGUAGCGACAGGCGAUAACUGGAACGGCAUCAUGAAAGAUACCCUGCGAGAUAACUGUGAUGACGCAGCCGAUUGCGUGCGCAAUUGCUGCGUCAGCUCAGUGAUAGCUCCGAUAUUUUUUGUGAUAUUCGUUUUAAUGGCACAAUUUGUGUUAGUGAAUGUCGUCGUGGCUGUACUGAUGAAACACCUCGAGGAGAGCCACAAACAGAUGGAAGACGAAAUGGACAUGGAUGUUGAGCUUGAGCGGGAACUAGUACGCGAGCAGGAGUUCGAGGAGGAGCAAGCGCUCUGUUUGCAACUGCAAUCGCAAAAAGAAGCAGCUGCAGCCAAAAAACCACUCGAAAAGGUUUCUUCGCUGCCUUCAAAUUUUACAUAUAGCACUCCUUCGCUGGAAAAGAAAUACACUAAUACAGGUCGGCGACAAACUGUGCAAUACUUUAACCAAUCCGACAUGGGAUUGUUGGAUUUGGGCAAUUCUACAGUGCAAUCUUUGGCUAUGCUCGGCGAAAAGAAUAGUAUUUCCGAAGAGGUUGCAGACGGAAAUGACUUUAAUGAAUCGGAGGAAGCUAGGAAAGCAGUAGCCGUUAGUUUGCAAGUACCACUAGGACGAAGAGCUGGACGUCGUAGCAGCAUAGCGUUCCAAAGAAAGAGAGGAGUAUUAACAAAAGAACGGUCGCUAGAUGAACAGGCUAUUCGUCGGCGAAAUUUUGAAUCGAAACAAAUGAGUUGUGACAGCCUUCCGUGGGGUGGCGUAGCUUCGGACAGUAGAACAAUAUUCGAAAGCCUCGAGAGUGAUACAAGCCCUCCACCAACAAUACAGCAAUCCUACGAUAAGCGAAGUGUCCAAAGCGAGGAUUGCACUGCCAAACUUUUAGACAUAAGCCCCAGUACUCGCACAACAAUCUCUUCUGACAAGUGUUCACCUUCAUCAAUCCCACCACAGCUGAUAACAAAAGAUAUACUUCCAGUCCCAAAAAAUGAAAGAAGAGCACCAUCGACAUUUGGUCGUUCAGUUUCAUCGGAUCAAGGAUGCUUGGGUCGUGGAAAUGGAAGCGGCAUUGGUGGUGCAGGUGCACUUCUCUCAGUGCCAAGAUCAAUGCCACCCCGCAGUCGUUCCGGUAGUACAAAACAACUAUUCAAACAACAAGCACUCGAUGAAGACCCUGACAUAGACGAGAGCUCACUUCUUCUGCCCGCCACAAAUAGAACGCUGCACGAACGCUCAGCGACCAUCGACAUCGCCGAGGGUCUGAGCAAAUCUGAUUCAGCCGAAAUUCUACGUAUUAUAUCCGAAAGAAGGCGCAUGGAUAAAAAUGAUAAUAGUGGCAAUGAAGAUUCAGACUACAAUGAAUUGUUACUCGUCAAAACGCCUAUGUCAUCAGUUGACGCUUAAGGUUAACUGUUUAUAUACAUAUAUAGAUAUAUAAAAUUUAGUUUCUAAGAGUAUACCUUUAAAAACAAUAUUCUCUUACUUAUAAUGCAAAACAAAAGAAAAGAGGUUUUCAUUGCAUAAAAUAAAUUAUGUUGUUGAUAUUUAAACAUAAUUAAAAAAAACAAGAAAUAACACAAACAAACUCUGUGAUUAGGUAUAGUUUGUAUAAAAAUUAUAAAAUUUUUCGCUUUCAUCUAUAAUAUUAGGUAAUUAUACGUUCUCUUUAAUGAAAAAAUAAUAAAUCCUUUAAACCACAACACUCUUAAAGUUCAAAAAGUUAAACAAAAAAAUAAAUAAAUAGGUUAGCUCUUAAAACUAGACAAACAAAGGAAUUUAAAAAAAGGAUCAACAAAAUAUUUAUAUAUAUACAUACCUAUAUAAAGAGAAAUAUAUAUAUACACUAAUAAAAUAAAAUUAUAUCUUUGAAUUUAUACUGAACCUAAGAAAAUGUGUACAUGUAGACAAUGUUUUCUUAUUUAUUUAGUUUUAUAAAAAUGACAAUCUUAUAAAAGCCUUUUUCCGGGUAGUGUAGUAAAUUUGAUUUUUGUGUUUUUUUAAUAGAAAUUAUCACUUUUCAUAUUUUCAUCUUUAAAGUAAAUAAAAAAAAACUUAAUGAACUAUCUGAGAUCAUCAAUAUUUUUUUGAGCCUGUAAAAUAGCAUAACCAUCAAUAUCUACAAUUUCAUAAAUAUGCUCUCAUUCUUUUAAGUUUAUUUUAAAAUUCAUUAGGAAAUUGUUAUCUAUUCAGACUUCAAUAGAAGUAUGAUUACCAAAAUUGAUGGACUCAGUAAUAAUAUUGUAAGACACAGGAAAAUAACUAGGCUUAGGAUGCUGCAUUUUGCUCAUCAAUGUAAAGCACACGAUUCUGUCUUUCAUCCGCCCUUCUGAUGUUCAAUAGCAGCUUUGUUACAUUGUAAAGGUGUAAGAAGUUACUGAAACACAAAAAAAGGUGUUACAUUUCCUCUUUAUUUUAAAGUUUUGUUACAAAUUAACGCACCAAUAAUUUUAUUCAGUAAUUUUGUAUUUUAUUCAAGUUUCCCUUCGUUUGUUAUAGGAACUUAUAAUAUAUUAAAAUGUCCUACAAAAUGUAGGAUAUGUUUGAAAAAUGUGAUCAUUUCGUAAGUAUUCCUUACUUUUCCAGGGUCUAUAUUUGUUUUUAUUCAUAAAAAAAGAAAACUUAGUCUGUCCGGCAUUUGUAUUUUUCUUCACUGAAAGUUUCUAAUUUCAGUUCUAGUUUUGACAUUACAUAUUAAUUCUUUCAAACCCUAUCUCCCUUUCCAACUCUUACACAAUGUCUUUGGUUUAUAAUAGUAGUAAAAUCGUACGCUUAGUACGACUAUAUUAUAGUAAAUUAAAUACUACGAUUUUAAAUUUUCUACCUUUAUUGGUUCUGAAAUUAUAUAAGGUCGGCUGAGUUUCAUAAUUACCUCUAAAAACUAUAACUGGCUUUUCACUUUCAUACUUACAUGAACUUUUAUUCUGAUUCGACAGAAAUAAGAAGUAGAAGAAUGUAUAAGGAAAAACCUAUUGGUUACUUGUUACAAGAAACUUCAUCACGAAAACUAUAGGUUGAUCUGAAUUGAUGUAAUUGCGGAUGUAAUUGGAAAUUUUCUAAUUUAAUUUAUUUAAGUGAAAUCAGUUUUUUUUAUAAAACUGAUUGCAUCAAUGGUUUUCCACAAAAAAAAUUUAAAUUUAAAACUACCGACCAGUUUGAAGUUUCAACUUAACUUUUUAUUUUAUAUAGAUAACAGUGUAUUUUUAAUUCAAUUUAUUUUUUACACACAAGAUGUACUUGUGAGCGUUCGAUUGAUGUACCUUAAGAUGUUUAUAUAUAUAUAUUAAAAAUAUAAUUAAAUAAAUAGUAGUUAAAUGCCAAAGUGUUUAAAAAAAUGCAUGGAAAAACUGGGUACAUUCAUACUUAAAUAUAAAAAAAAAUAUUGAAAACUUUUAAACAAAACCAACAACUACUUGAAGCAAUUAGUAAAGCUCUAAUAUUGUGCUGUUGUAGUUAAAUUUAAAGAAAACGAAAUUUUUUUAGUACAUAUUUUUGUAUUGUAAAAAAAAAAUUUAACUAUUGUACACAACAAAACUAUUGUAUUAAAACAAAAAGUAGUAGUUCUAGGGUGAAUUUAUUCAACAAAACAAAACAUUUUUUCAUAAUGUAUAGACAUUUAAGUAUGGUUAGUUAAUGUAAUAAAAAAAAAUCAUUAAUAGGUAUUUGAAUCAUAUAAAGUAACAACAAAAUUAACACUUUAACAUUCGAAUAGGUAAUACAAAAUUUUAAUUUGUAAAAAAGAUUAGAUAAGUAGAUUGUAGAAUAGAAAAGAUUUAAACAGUAAAAAAAAAAACACGUUAAAACUACACCAUUAAUCUGAUUUAACUUUCAACGAAUUGAUGUUAAAACAAAAAAAAAUUAAUUAAAAAUGCCUAUAAAUUAAUAAAAUUUUGUCAAUUUGGAAAAGAAUUUGUUACUACAAAAGGGGAGAUGCAAUAAAAAUGUCAAAUGUCAGCUUUCACUAAAAAAAAUAAUCAAUACUAUAGAAAAUGCCUUUUCAAAUACAUACUUGCACUGAGGGUUUCGCCUUUUAAGGUGUCCACAAAAAAAAAACAAACAUUUCAGGAAACAUUUUUAAAACUCGGUUCAGAAAUGUUCUCAUUUGUUUAAAAAAUAUUUAAGGCACUUUAAAUUUGUCAUAUAUGUUUUUUUGGAGUGGAAGCUUUGGAAACAUUUAUUAAAUAUUUCUUUGUUACCCAUUAGUUUUUAUGUGUAAAAACGCGUUCUACAGAAGUUGCA